AGAAAAAUUUUCUCGUUUUUCCCCGCGCGCUGUUUCGAUUCCGAUGCUGAUGUAGAGUGGUUUAACGCGAAUGGUGAAAAACUCAUUCGCACACGCGUGAAAUUUCAGUGCUUCAGUGCAGUGCAGAAAAUCGAUAAUUUGUGUGCAGUGUCCGAUUCCAUCUGUGGAGUAUUCAGAGUGGGAAGUUCCCAGAAGGCGAUUAGUCACAGGUGCUGAAAGUUUUCAUCCGGAAGGAAGAGAGCAACCUUCUUGCAAGCGGUGGUGUAAUUCCUUGGCAAGGUGUAAAUCAAGCAAUUCGCGAAGCGCUAGUGCGGAGCCCCAUUUAGUUCGGGACGGUUCUGCUUUUGUAGGAGAGAAGGAAGGAAGCAAGCAGUAACAAAGGAAGAGAGCGGAGAGGCACACCAUGCAAGGUGUUCUAUUGCACAAUAUUGCUGCUGCCUGUGAUAAUAAAUACCGUUCGUCAUCAUUGGAAAUUAGUGCCAACAAGUGCUGUUUGUUGUAUAAAACUGGUUCUCCCAGUCAAGGAACUUUCAUAAGCGCCGAGAAAACCCACGGGAACUGUUGUCCUACGAGAAGGUCCUGAUCAUCGUCCUAAUAGGUUGAAGGGCAAAGGGAUUAUACGCCCAGUUACGUGAGCAACCUGCACGCUAAUCACCGGAUUUGUCCUAGUGAAAGAAUCGAAAAGGGUCGGAAGUGUUAUUAAGCAAGAAGCAAAUUUUUAUAUAUUUAGCCAACAACUAGUGAAAUAGCGACCAACAGCGACUCGUGCUCGUAAUUGUGGAAGUGUCGAAAGAGAACAGCGCAGAAAAAAAGAGAGGAAUUGGGGCUUGAUUUUGAAAUCGGUUGCCGAAGCCGAAGCAGUUUGGAUUUAUUUGUCGUGGCAGAAGUAGCCAGAAGCAGCCGUCAAGAUAGGGUCCGAUAGCUACCGCGGCGGGAGGAAGUCCAGCAGCAACAAGAUGCCCCGCAAUCGGAGGAAAAAUAUGGCCAACGGCAACGCCCAUCACAACAACGACUCGGACGACGAUACGUCCAACGACAACGCCAGCGUGUACUCGUGCCAGUCGGAAACGCUGAACGAUGCCUACAACAACAACACGGACGGCGAUUCGACCCAAACGGAAGCCGGUUCCGGCUUCGAGAAGCACGAGGAAAAGCUUCUGCAAGCGAUCGAGAACGCCACGGACAAGUCGCUCCAGACCCGGAUCAACGCAUUCCAAGUGAUCAACGAAACGCUCGUCCAUCACUACAUCCCGGACUUCAUCGAUGACCGCAAGAUGACGCUGAUGGAUGCGAUCGAAAAGUCCAUCAAGAAGGGCAAGGGCGCCGAGCAGGCCUGGGCAGCCCGGAUCAUCCCGCUGUUGGUGAUCCAACUGGAAGGCGCACAGGAAAUCAACGGAAUGAUGAAUGUGCUGAAACCGGUCUUGUUGGCAACGGCCCAAGAUGGAGCCGCUUCGUACGAUGCUCGCGCCAAGUGUUGCAUGGCCCUGGGCUUGCUCAACUUCCUCGGAACCGACGACAUCGGAGAUCUUCUGCCACUAAUGAAGAACUUCGAGGGUAUCUUCUCGGGAAGCUACCUCAAGGGAGACAGUAGCCCAAGCAGUGCCAAUGCGGACGCAGCUGCCCUCCACAGUGCCGCCCUGAGCGCAUGGGCCCUGCUUCUCACGUUGAUCCCAUCCGGAGAUCUGGUAUCGCUCGUCAACGGCAACAAUCAAAUGAUUCCCUCAAUCAACAAACUGGUCGGUAUGCUUCAGAGCCCUCACCUGGACGUACGAAUGAUCGCCGGAGAAACAAUUGCCUUGAUUCUGGAGAGUGGUCGCUCGCACGACGAGAGCUUCCUCGAGGACGAACUACCCGAUCUGAUUGAAGCCACGCAAAAGCUUGCCACCGAUGCGCACAAAUACCGCGCCAAACGGGACCGCAAGGUUCAGCGUGCGACGUUCCGGGACGUGCACCGUUACCUGGAGGAGGACAUCUCGCCGGAAAUUUCGAUCAAAUUUGGCAAGGAAACGCUGCUCCUGGACACCUGGUCCCUGCACCAUCAGUACAUCUGCCUGCGCAAUGCGUUGGGAUUCGGCAUGAACGUGCACCUGACCGAGAAUGAGUUCCUGCGGGACGUUUUGGAACUGGGCGCCAAGAUGGACGAACUGGAGCGCAGCUUAAAGGUGGCCAAGGCGGAGAAGAAGUUCAUCAAUGCUGCUGCGUUCAAGGCUCGGACCAUCACCCGGGGCAAGAACCGCGACAAACGAUCGGCCGUUGUCAACUAGAAGGGGCGGGAAGCGGGUGGUCGUUGUUGUACAUAGAAGCGUGUGAUUUAUACCUACUUUUUUUUAUGAUAACUUGGAUUUACUUUAGGUAGUAGUUAUCCGAUUUUUUCUUUCUUUUGAUAGUAAAACUAUAAUAUUGUUUGAAAUUUACGUUAACGUUAAUGCUUGAUCGAUACCUAUCGUUUCGCAAAUUUGUCGCAAUUGGGAUUGUCUUCGAAGGAUCAGUCCAGGCAAAUCUUAGGUACAUAUUGAAUAUCGUUUGAAUUGAAGAAACAUGUUAAGCACCGAAUUUCCUAUGUAGUAGCUGUGGUUAGAAUUGUCGAACGUUCAUUACUAGUAUGAUAGCCCCCGUCGUAUAAAAUCUACUCAAUAUUGCAAACAACCGGUAAGUUUAACAUAGUGGAAGGAAUAACAAAUUGCAUGUAGAAAAAUCGUUUAUGUGUAAACCAAUAAAAUCGCAACUAGUUUCGUUCUCUAUAUAGAACUAGAAGUGAUCCUGAAAGGG